CUCCAAAGCAUCUCGCCGAAUGAGCGCUUCGCCGCCUCGCGCGCUUAUUUGCCUUUUGCGCGAUCUCCAUUUCUCUGUAAAGCCAUCGCUUUCUACGUCCGCUAUAUGCUCACCACGACUGGCGAGCUGCUGCUGCUACUAUCUUAUCAGUUUUGGAAUAGGUUAUUACAGUUGUUGUGCUUUGACAGUGUUUGUUGUUGUCGCGAGUGCAUGUGCUUCUCAGUCUAAAACCUGUGCAGUGCAGUCUGCGCUCCUUGCCCCGACUCCCCAGAUCAACCUGUUCAACCUGCUUAAGAGUACUGACAAGUUUCGCCAUACGCUCCAAUCAAGAGAACGAUCAGGCGAAACUCGCUGAGGGACCAAGCGAGCAGAGUGAUGCGCGACUGGAGGUCAGCUGAUUGCAGCAAGCUGACAGCUAGUUCGGCGGCAGUGAUCGCGAGCUGAGACAGCCGGUGGCAUCCCCCGAGCUUGCGCGAGACAGAUCGAAUGCGACCGGAUGGACGCGCUGGUGAGGAUGAGUGGCGGCGCCCCGUCGACGCUAGGGCUCCAGGGGCUCGCGAGACCCGAACACUCGCAGAUCAUCUCGAUCAGGUCCCCCUCCAGCGUCGGCCUCGCUAGCAACGGUAUCAACGCCGGCCCUCGGCCGCCCCCCCACGCGCUCGCCGCCGCGGGCACAGUGUCACCGGUCAAUGGCUGCAGCAGUGGCGCUGGAGCAACGGUGUACAUCGGCCCGAGCAGACUCCCGGAAGCUCCGGCCCCAAGUGCACCGGCGCAGCGACACGUCGUUAAGAUCAAAAUACAGCCGAGCUGCGAGCCCGCGGCCAAGCUCGUCUCGGCGGUGAGACUCAGCCUCGAGGACGAUCAAGACGGCGAUGCGCCCGAGGAGGAGCUCGCGGCAGACAGCUGUCUGAGGAUAAGCGUGGGCGGCAGUCUCUACUCCGGCAGCGAGUCUUCGUCGGAAGAGAUGCACCAUCAGCAGCAGGCAGAGCCGCGGGAGCAGUCCUGCUUCUUCUACAGCAGUCCUCCAGGCUCGAUGCUCAUAGCGAGCGGCCAGUGCUCGCCCUCGGAGACUCUUGACAGCGGCACCUGCAGCGACCUCGACGGCACGCCGCCGCCCUUGCCCAAGAAGAAAGCCCCGGGCACACUGCUGCUCGAGGCCGACCAAGCCAGUCUGGCCGACGCGGAUCCUCGGAGCAAGUCAACCUGCGGACCGAUACUGCAGCAGCAGCGCGGGCAGCAGCAGCAGCAGCAGCAAGAGCAGCAGCAAUCGGCUCGCCAUAACAGGACGGGUAGUCUGACGAGCAGUGGCGCCGAGCUGGACAGCAGCGACGAUAACGAGAGCAGCAUCAGCUGCGACUCGCUCAACAGCGCCGAGUUGCCGCUCGGUCUUCGCGCGUCGAGGAGCCUCGAGCUGCACCAGGACGACGACAAGCCGCUUGUGAGUGAGUGCACGUACGAGGAGCGCCGUCGCGAGCUUCGUCACGAGCAGCAGCAGCAACAGCAGCAGCAAGCGGUGCAGCGGCCGCGUUACCUCUACGAGGACGAUCGCCACUACAAGUUCCACGUGAACGAGCGCGAGGAGGUGAGCAAGGCCGAGCUCGCGGCCUCCGCGGCUCGGAGCAACGACGGCACUGGCAACAGCGAUGACGAGUGCUUCGCCGGCUACAAGAACCUCAAAAGGGAGGCAAUACGCAGCGCCAGGGGCACCGUGCGCGGCGUCAAGAACCGCGUACGUGCCGGCAUCGCUACCUUCCUCGAGAACCCAGCCACCAAGAACUACAAAGCAAAGGAUGCCGGCAAAGUGGUCGUCUACACGACAACCAUGGCUAUCGUCCGAGAGACGUACUACCGGUGCGUAAUGGUCAAGCAAAUCCUCAGGACACAUAUGGUCAAGUACGAAGAACGGGAUAUGUAUAUGUCGUCAGAAUUACAGACCGAGCUCAAAGAGAGACUCGGUUGCGAAGCCAUACAAGUGCCGCAGCUUUUCAUAGAUGGUCAAUACAUUGGGAAUGCUGAUAAAGUUGAGAGAUUAAAUGAAACUGGCGAAUUACGUUUGAUGCUCAAACCUUACAGGAGUCUGAACGCCUGCAAUACGUGCCAAGUUUGUGGAGGUUACCGACUGCUGCCAUGUCCUAUAUGCAAUGGGAGCAAGAAAUCAUUGCAUCGUAACGACUUCACCACCGAGUUCAUCGCGCUGAAAUGCAUGAACUGUGACGAGGGAGGAUUAGUGCGCUGCCAACACUGCUGAAAAACAUUCGUCACGUUGUACGUAAAGAUUGUUUGAAAGUUCACUGAUUUCCCAUAACAAUAAUGAAUUUCAAGCCGAUCGGUCGACUCGAAGAGAUUGAACACUGUGACUUUUUACGGAAGAAUAAACUGGGCGUCACUGCUUUUGGAGUCAGACUCUCAUUUUCUUUAUUUGUUUUUUCUAUAAACGGUCACCAGUUCAUCAACCGUUUUUCAUACAUGAACGGAUUACGAGUUUGCUACUGACCGCUGCUGUAAUUAUUUUAUAGAUUUAAAGAAUUCGCUCGAUACGACGCAGUCGGUAUUCGUCGGUUUUUCGUGCACUGGUCACUGCUAGUUGUUCAUCACUUAAUAUUGUUGUUUUGUUAUGUCAAGUGCCUUUCGCGACUUUGCUCGCUUUUUUUAUAAAUCAAUCUAUCACUGCCGUUUAUUGUAUCAUAGAUUACUGUCUUUCGUGUUAAGUUGAUGUUAUGGUCAAAAUUUGGUGACCUUUAUUUCUAUUCAUUAUGUUAAUUUGUGUAAAUAUUUUUGUCAGUUAUCUUUGAAAGAAACUAUUUAUUGAGCUACAAAUUGUCAACUGCUAGUAGUUAUAUAAUGACUGGAUCGAAGAUUUUUAAGCUAGUUGUUAAUGAUCAAGGCACACCUAUUUCAAAUCAUUUUUUCUUUGUGAAAAAAUAAUUUAAAAUAAAUCAAAUUUAUGUGAAAACAAUUUUCGUUUCAUUUUUGAUUGAAGAAAACUGUAUUAUGCCUUUUUUGAUUGAAUUUGGAUGAAUUACAGUGUGAUUAAAUAUUCUUACGUACUAAGCAGGUUCAAUACAAUUGUAUUUGUGUGAUCUCGCGCAAUAAAAUUAAUUGGUGAUGGCCUUGAAAGUACUAUGCAACUUAUAUUUUAUUCAAUUACUACAAAUGCAAUGGGUCAAUUUCAUUGAAACAAUUUUGACUUACUUAAGUUGAAAUUGGAUAUUUAAAAAAAAUUAUCAAUACUGAAAAUAUCUGUCGAAUAUAAACAUGUAAUAAAUGUAAUAUCUAAUUUCUAAUGAUUUCCAAAACUAACUUGAGAAAAGAAAUUCCGCAGUAUAGAAUAACUAAUGAAAUUGCUGUAUUUUUUGAAUAAUGGUAAAAUCAUACUUAUAAUAUUAAUGUACAUUUACGAAGAAUAAUGAUUGAACGACGUUAUGAUUUAAUAUUUGUGCAAUAUUUAAAAAUAUAGUAUUGUUUAAUCAAGUGUAUAAAUUUAUAAAAAUCAUGUUGUAUAUACCCGUUCUAAUAAAGUUGUCUAA